UUAUAAUAUAUCUAGAUCAACAUUUCGUCUCUGGGUCAGAUGAACAGACUGUUAAAUAAAGUUAGCCAUUUCAAUCGAUCUUACCUUCAGGCGACAACAGGCCUGAAACUUUGAACUACAUUAGUUGACUACAAAUUUAACGUUCUAGGAGAGAAAUAAUAAAAAGAAAUAGGCCAGAGUCAUUAUUGUAUUUCCAAGAAAUGUUUAUGAAAUGCUUCCCUGUGGCUGGAACAACCCUACCUUGAGGGCGGGAGGAGAUUAAAAAGAAGAGUUUGGCAGAUCUUCGUCAGUUGCCACUGGCUGAAAGUAUCGCUGGCAUAAAUUAUAAGUUAUGAUGAAACAGACGCACGGCCAUGGCAAGUAAUGUUAUUGUAAAAUGAUCGGGCGAGGUCAAAAUUCGUUCAUUUUACAGCGAUAAAUAUUAUUCUAGCUUUUUUUAUUUUUAAUUUGACUGUUUUAAUCUCUUAUCAUUAAGAAAUAUGGGGUGUGUCUCAUGUUAAAAGGCAUGCAACUUUAUUGUGUAAUACCAGUUAGAAUGACAUCACGGGGAUUGAAUAAUGAAUGAUCGCUUUCUCAUAUAUACAAUAGAUAUACAGUUCUUUUCAUUCGAGCUUAUCGCUAGAUUAGAACGAAAUUCAGGACCACUGAGAAAGCGGUUGAAAAAAUGAUUCCAUUCCAGUUUUGUGCUUUCUUGAUAUACACUUCUCAACUUUAUGCAGGCGUCUUCGCAUACGACGAAUUUCAUAAAGCAUGCGUGAUGACCCACAAUAAACUGAGAAAGCUUCACGGUGCUCAGGCUUUGGCGUAUUCAGAAGAGUUGGGCGUAGAGGCUCAAAAGUGGUGCGAGGAACUCGCAAUAAAAGACGAGCUUUCACACGACAACAGGACCAUGGACACAAAAGGCGAGGGAGAAAAUCUUGCAGCUACACCUGUGACUGGUGCCAAAAGUGAAGGUGCUACUCCUGAUCUCUGCACCUUGGCUGUUCAAAAGUGGUACGCGGAAGAGCAGAAUUAUAACUAUCAGACAGGACUGCCUAAAGCUCCUGGAAUGCCAAUCAAACACUUUGCUCAGGUUGUCUGGAACAAUACAUUUCAAAUUGGAGUGGGGACUGCUCGUUCCACCGUUCAUGGUGACAUCAUCUGUGUUCGCUACAGUCCUCGUGGAGCUGAAGGCGGCCCGGACGAGUUUAUGAACAAUGUUUUUCCUAAAGUCUCCAUGUCAAGUAACUCCUCAGUAAAAGAUUUGAAUAUCCCAGGAUACAUUUCUAGCUCUAAUGAUCCUCAGGGUCAAGCAGGCGGAAGUUUUAAGGGAAGCAUGAGCUGCGGUGUUGGCAAGAAGUCCCGUAUUGUUGGUGGGCAAGAAGCGAAGCCAGCAGAGUUUCCUUGGCAGGUGGCCUUCAGAUGGGAAAGCUACUACGGCUAUACCAACCUCUUCUGCGGUGGAUCUCUCAUCGAUAAAAAGUGGGUGGUGUCAGCUGCUCAUUGCUUCCAAAGAAUGAAACGUCCACCAUUUGAACUUAAGGUUGUUCUUGGAGAAUUCGACGUCAAUAACGAUGAUGGCAAUGAGGUCAUAAUUGGUGCGAAACAGGUGAUCAACCAUCCUCGUUAUAACGACCAUACAAAAGACUACGACAUAUCUCUCGUGGAACUGAAGUCCGAAGCAUCUUUCAGUGAUUACGUGAAACCAGUAUGUCUACCUACGUCAAGCUCCAAUUUUCCACCUGGAAAAAUGUGCACUGUCACCGGGUUUGGGUUGCUCAGAGAGGGUGGACAACAGGCCACGAAACUGAUGAAAGCAGAUGUUCCCAUAAUCGACAACAAUAAGUGUUCAGUGAACUAUGGUAAGAUUUCAGAACUCAAGUUAUGUGCUGGAUAUGAUCAAGGAAAAAUCGAUGCUUGUCAGGGGGAUAGCGGAGGACCUUUGGUGUGCUCGGAGAAUGGUAAGGCGUACCUCGCGGGGGUGGUAAGCUACGGUAUUGGAUGCGCUCGACCCAGAUAUCCGGGGGUGUACGCCAACGUGAAGUCUUUGAUGAACUGGAUUGAAACGACAAAGGGUAGCUAAAUGGCAAUAAAGUUAAGAAGUUAUAACCCUCAGCAGAAAUAUUGUUACAAAGCAUAACGCCAAUAAAGUCUGAACUAGUAAUCAGAAAAAAUGCCAGUUCUGUACAGUAUUGGGCUGAACCCAGACAAUAAAAAUGGCUCCCAAAAACCAA